AGCACAGAGGAGAGACAACCUGCUAAGACUCGCUCAUUGACUGCCUGCUUUUGUGACUUUUUGAUAAACCCAGGAACUUUUUGUCCAUGUCACCGCCACAUCUGAAAUCAGGACACCCAGCGGCCCGCAGCAAAGAUCUUUGUCUUGUCUACGGAUUAAUUUAACCAGACCGGGAUUGGAUAGCCUGGUUAUGGAUUUUAAUCUCUUGACGGACAGUGAUGCCCGGAGCCCGGCGCUGUCGCUCUCCGACUCUGGGACGCCGCAGCACGACCAGGGAUGUAAAGGCCAGGAGAGCAGUGACACAGAGAAAUCUCACCCAAACCAGUUGGAUGAGUCCAGUACGGAUGACGGCUCACUAAAGAAGAAGCAGCGGAGGCAGAGAACACAUUUCACCAGCCAGCAGCUCCAAGAGCUUGAGGCCACCUUUCAGAGGAACCGCUAUCCUGACAUGAGUACCAGAGAGGAGAUUGCUGUGUGGACCAAUCUCACGGAGGCUCGGGUCAGGGUAUGGUUCAAGAACCGACGUGCCAAGUGGAGAAAGCGGGAAAGGAACCAACAGGCUGAAUUAUGCAAGAAUGGCUUCGGUGCCCAAUUUAAUGGACUCAUGCAACCCUAUGAUGACAUGUACACGGGCUACUCAUACAACAACUGGGCCACCAAGAGUUUAGCGAGCAGCCAGCUCUCCGCGAAGAGCUUCCCUUUUUUUAACUCAAUGAAUGUAAGCCCCCUCUCAUCCCAGCCCAUGUUCUCCCCUCCUAGCUCCAUCCCCUCUAUGAACAUGGCCUCCACUAUGGUACCAUCGGCGGUGGCUGGAGUUCCUGGCACGGGCCUCAACAACUUGGGAAACCUUAACAACCUCAACAGCCCCACAGCACUCAACUCAGCGGCAGCCACCUGCCCGUACGCCAGCACGGCCAGCCCAUACAUGUACAGAGACACUUGCAACUCCAGUUUGGCUAGUCUGCGACUGAAGGCCAAGCAACAUACCAACUUCACUUAUCCCACUGUGCAGAAUCCCGUGUCCAACCUGAGCCCCUGCCAGUAUGCUGUCGACCGGCCAGUAUGAAAAGGAAGCGUAUAUUGUCCCAUUUAAAUUUUUUUUUUUCAGUUCCAGCUAAAAACUGCCAGAUGCAUUACAGACUGACAGACUAAAUCAAAAUGGGCAUGACAUUUUCCUCAUGCUGAUGAGAGGAAGGACAUGCCUAUGAUGGACCAUCCUGGUGCAAAGGAAUACACUCACUUUGUGAGACUUUAUCGACUGACCAACUGCAAGCAUUUCUAAAGAAAAAAAAACAAAUAAACUCCCUCAAAAUGUUCACUUUCUAAACUGCAUGAUUAGCGAAAACUUAGGAAGGCUUUGACUGGACUCACUAUUAACCUGUUGCAAAUGCUACUAAUGCAGGAAAAGGAACCCGCGCUUGAAUAUUGGAAACAUGUUGGAUGUAUAUAAGAGACUCUUUUCAGUUUUGUAUGUGACAAAAUAGUAUAUGAAAACAUAGUACCGUAUUUUUAGGACUAUAAGUCGCACCUGAAUUUAAGUCGCACCAGCCAAAGAAUGCACAAUAAAUAGGAAAAACAACAACAUACAAAUCGCACUGGAGUAUAAGUCGCAUUUUUGAGGUUAGUUUUUUAAUUGAUUUAAAAACAAGAACAAAUGUACCAUAAUUUUCGCACUAUAACCGCAUCUGACUCUAAGCUGUCACCCACCAAAUUUAGCACGAAAACUGCAUUUUUUUCAUGGAUAAGCCGCAAUGGAAUAUAAGCCACAGCUGUCCUCACUUUAUUAUGGGAUAUUAACACCAUAAGAUGUUAACCAGUAACACCUCAUUUGACAGCGGCAUCAAACGACUGUCAUUAGACCAAAUGAACCACCAUGAAGCUUUAAACCACUUGGAUGCAAAGCUUCAUUGCUUCAAGAAGCUUCAUUUGGUCAUCACUGCUCCCUUGGGGGAGACAGUCAACCUCUGCUGCCACCGGCUGUCCAACAUGCCUCCUAGCAUGGAUUGCAGCACUAGAGAUGUAAAUAACAAUCAAAAUUCUCGUUCUGUACGAAUUAUUUCUUCAGUUACUGUUCCAGUUGUUUCAUUAAUUGCUAGUUAUGGUAUUAGGUAACACUUUAUUUGACAGUGGUGCCUUAAGACUGUCAUUAGACAAUCAUAAUUAUGACAUGACACUGUCAUGAGCGUUUAUGAAUGCUUAUAACAGAUGUCGUUUAGUGUUAUCCGGCAAAUUACGUCACUUUUGAAUGGAUGUAAAUGAUUCAAACUAGACAUAAAUGGAGUUAGUGACAUUUUGCAGGAUGACACUUAAUGACAUAAGCAUUACGUAAUGCCCAUGAUAGUGUCAUGUCAUAACUAUGACGGUCUUAUGACACUGCUGUCAAAUAAAGUGUUACCUAUUAACCCAAAUAAAUCAACAAAUAAGCCGCAAUGGACUAUAAGCCGCAGGAAAAAAGCAGCGGUUUAUAGUCUGAAAAUUACGGUACUUUAAAGUAAUAAUAGUAAAAUGGAGAACAACAGGCGAAAUAGGCCUGUAGUAACGUAAUAUAUUAAAGGUUUUUCAGAUAACUAUAGCCAAACAAACACAACAGGCUGAGUGGGGGAAAUAACAUACAGUAAAACUUAUGCUUGAGUAUAAGUUGCAGACUCAGUCAAACUACGAAAAACGUACGAUUUAUCGUCCAGAAAAUACGGUACUUUAAGAAUGAGAAAAGCAUGUUCCUCAAACGCAAAGCCCAAGGGACUUAUGUACAAAGAGACAUCCUUUGGGGAAAUUAAUACUUAUGUUGUGAAUUCCGUUCCCCCCAGGGAGGUCACAGGUCAAAGGCUAAUUUAGACAAGCAAAAGGAGGGCAGUACUGGAUUACAAAAAUAUUCCGUUGGAUGCUACAAAUAGGAAUAUCACCCACCUUUUGAACAUGAAAAAGCCAUUGAUUAUAUUGAUUUGUGUGGUGUUAUACAAAGGGAGUCUGUCAUAGUAAAAUAUAUGUUAAGAGUGCAGAUGUUAUAAGAAGUCUUUUUUUUUUUCUUGAUGUAGCGUGCUUUGUUUCAUUAAAGAACAAAUUAAAAGAUCAUUUUUAAAAAAUAGAAAUUACAAUACACUUAAAUAAUGCAUGGAAAUAGCCUUUUCCAACUCCAAUGAAUCGAAAAUAAAACCAUUCAUUUUUGCAUUGAUGGUAGGUUCAUCACAGCCGAUCCCAAAUUAGCUUUGUUGUGACCGGUUCUAUGAUAUAAUUAAUGUGCUUUAUUCAUUCCCGUACAUUGUACUGAGGUCGAAAGAAAUGUUUUUCAUGCUUCUUUACCCAGUCAAAACAAAAUACAGCUUUGCAACUU